UCGUUUAGGUCGCGGCGUUGGAGUUGCUCUUGGUGCUCCCGGAACACCCGAUGGCAUAGCGAUUGCGAAGGCGAUGACGCCGACGCAGAGCAGGCGUCGUGGCAUAACCAGGGCGCCGCCUCCGGUUUCGACCCACUGACUAGUCUACCCACCCCUGCUACCUACUACUCCGCGGCGCCGAUCGGCGACAGCGACGGAGAAAGGCGACGAGCGGCUCCUCUCCCCAUCCAAACCCCGAAUCAAAUGCUCACUUCCGCCACCGCUCCCUCCUCCUCGUCGUCCUGCGCUCCCACCCGCUUCGCCUCCUCGUGCCGCCCCCGUCGCUCCGCCUCCGCGCGCGGGCGCCGCCCCGUGCUCGCCAUGGCCGCCUCCGACGACCCCCGCGCCAGGUCGGUCGCCGUCGUCGGCGCCGGCGUCAGUGGGCUCGUGGCGGCGUACAGGCUGAGGAAGAGCGGCGUGCGGGUCACCGUGUUCGAGGCGGAGGACCGCGCGGGAGGGAAGAUACGGACCAACUCCGACGGCGGAUUCCUCUGGGACGAAGGAGCCAACACCAUGACAGAAAGUGCAUUGGAGGCUAGUAGGCUAAUCGACGAUCUUGGUCUUGAGGACAGACUGCAGUAUCCUAACUCCCAGCACAAGCGUUAUACUGUUAAGGAUGGAGCGCCAGCACUGAUCCCUUCAGAUCCCAUUGCGCUAAUGAAAAGCACUCUUCUUUCUACGAAAUCAAAGUUCAAGUUAUUUCUGGAACCAUUUCUCUAUGAAAAAUCUAGCACAAGGAACUCCAAAAAAGUGUCUGAUGAGCAUUUGCGCGAGAGCGUUGGGAGUUUUUUUGAACGCCAUUUUGGGAGAGAGGUUGUCGACUAUCUUAUUGAUCCAUUUGUAGCUGGAACAAGUGCAGGAGAUCCUGAGUCAUUAUCUAUUCGUCAUGCAUUUCCAGGGUUAUGGAAUUUAGAAAAGAAGUAUGGUUCUCUCAUCGUUGGUGCCAUCUUGUCAAAACUAACAGCUAAAGGUGAUUCAUCAAAGAAAGGAGGCGCUUCGUCAGGAAAAGGAAGGAGCAAGCGGGCCUCAUUUUCAUUUCAUGGUGGUAUGCAGACACUAGUAGAUGCACUUCACAAGGAAGUUGGAGAUAGUAAUGUGAAGCUUGGAACACAAGUUUUGUCAUUGGCGUGUAACUGCGAUGAACUCUCUGCAUCAGAUGGGUGGUCAAUUUUUGUGGAUUCAAAAGAUGCUAGUAGUAAGGAGCUUGCAAAGAACCAGUCCUUUGAUGCUGUUAUAAUGACAGCUCCACUGUCCAAUGUCCAGAGGAUGAGGUUCACAAAAGGUGGAGCUCCCUUUGUGCUAGACUUUCUUCCUAAGGUGGAUUAUCUGCCAUUGUCCCUCAUGGUAACAGCAUUUAAGAAGGAAGACGUCAAAAGACCCCUGGAAGGAUUUGGGGUCUUGAUACCCUUUAAGGAACAACAAAAACAUGGUUUGAAAACGCUUGGAACUCUCUUCUCCUCUAUGAUGUUCCCAGAUCGAGCUCCUAAUGACCAGUACUUGUUUACAACAUUCAUUGGGGGAAGCCACAAUAGAGAUCUCGCUGGAGCUCCAACGGCUAUCUUGAAACAAUUCGUGACAUCUGACCUUACAAAGCUAUUGGGGGUAGUGGGGCAGCCAACUUUUGUGAAACAUAUACAUUGGAGAAAUGCUUUUCCUUUGUAUGGCCAUGAUUAUGAUUCGGCACUGGAAGCUAUAGGAAAGAUGGAAAGUGAUCUUCCAGGGUUCUUCUAUGCAGGAAAUAACAAGGAUGGGUUGGCUGUUGGAAAUGUCAUAGCUUCAGGAAGUAACACAGCGGACCUUGUGAUCUCAUACCUUGAGUCAGGCAUCAAGCAAGUUAGUUAAUAGCAUUGGCAGACUAUAUUUCCCACACUAUGUUAGAUUUGAAAUGAUAGCAGUGGUUGGCAAUCUCUUUAUAAGCCUAAGCAUUAACCAGGCAUCCAGUAUUCAAGCCGUGUAAAGAUGGGCAAGGACAAGGAGUGCAAAAUAAUUCUGAUCGCCUGAAGUGUUCUUGGUUGUUUUGAACAGUAACCAUUGACACAUAUACCUGCUUUGGCAAUAAAACUGAAUUUAUUGA